AUGUUUUAUGACUUAAAUAUUCCUUAUUCCACACAACUAGAUAUUACAAAUCAACAAAAUGAACUUUAUAAAAAAGUUGCUUUGCUUACAAAAUUUGGCUAUCAAGUAAUUGCACAUAAUCAUACAAUUAUCGGAAAAGUCAACCCUAACAAAACAAAUCCCAUCAAAAAAUUUGAUAUUUAUGAAAAUUCUGGAAGAGAUGUUAAACUAGAACAAUUAACCAGACUCACUGUAGUACUUGAAGAUUCAAGUCAAAAUUAUGGAUUGACAAAUCCCAUCAAAAAAUUUGAUAUUUAUGAAAAUUCUGGAAGAGAUGUUAAACUAGAACAAUUAACCAGACUCACUGUAGUACUUGAAGAUUCAAGUCAAAAUUAUGGAUUGACAUCAUCAAACAAUACAAUUCUAUCAUAUGAUAUUUUUGCUGUCCAACCAAUCAAUGAAAAGUCAUUUCAAAAUACUUGUAGUAAUUUUGAUGUAGAUAUCAUAUCACUUGAGAUGGGAUCUCGCUUGCCAUUUUAUUUGAAGCAUGGUAUGGUAGGUUUGGCAAUUGAUUGUGGUAUAUUCUUUGAGAUUUGUUAUUCUCCAACCAUCAGAGAUUCUAUAUCUAGACAACAUCUUAUUUCAAAUGCUCAGAAUUUGGUUAGAGUUACUUGUGGUAAAAAUAUCAUUAUCUCAAGCGAAGCACAAAGAGCAAUAGAAUUACGUGGGCCAUAUGACAUUAUUAAUUUAGGUACAAUAAUGGGCAUGAAUCAAGCUUUAUCCAAAGAUUGCAUAACUACAAAUUGUCGGGCAGUUGUGAUGCAUGCAGCUACUCGGAGAAAUGCACAUAAGGCUGUUAUUUCUUUUAAACCAGUUUCUUCAUUGAAACAAAGUGACUUAUGGAGGAUUGAAUGCGAAAAGAAAAAAUUGGAAAAAAUAGAGUCAAAAGGCAAAAGAAUAAAAAUUGAAUAA